UAGAAUAUUUUGUCUGUUAAUUUAUAUAUCUCUACUUCUUUAAGGUCAGUUUCUGUAGAUUAAAUUUGUUCCUUUGGUUGGGUUAGAUUCCUUUGUUUAUUUGCAUUCCUUCUUAUCUUCUGGUGCUCUUUGUCAUUCAAAAAAAUUGUCCACCUUGCCUGUGGUCUGCUUUAGUAUAGGCAGAAUUUUCUCUAAUCAGUCCAGAUGGAGACUUUGGAGACCCCUCAAACCUUGGCAGCUGGGGUUAUGUUUUCUUGGGGCUUGUGCUUGUAGUAUACCAAUUGAAGAGGUUUGUUGCUUUUUCCUUAGGAGUUCUUCCCGGGUUCUUCUGUACUACUGCAGCCUUUGAUGCACAUGGAUCACUUUUAUUCUCAGGGGUUCUAAUAUAUCCUGUUCCCUUCAGAAUUUAAAUUCAGAAAAUACAGAGACCACUCUCUCAGAUAGUGCCCUUGAAGGUCAGAAUGUUGGAUAUAUGUUCCUAUCUUCUGUUUCUACACUCAAGGAAGAGUCAGAGUGAGAAGACAGAAGAGAUACAUCAGCAAUUCCAGAAGUUUUUGACUGAAAUAAGAAAACUCCCUGAUGAUUAUGAAUUGUACAUAGCCAACAGACUGUUUGGAGAAAAAACAUACCUCUUUCUUCAAAAAUAUUUAGAUUAUAUUGAGAAAUAUUACCAUGCAUCUCUGGAACCUGUUGAUUUUAUAAAUGCAGCUGAACAAAGUCGAAAGAAGAUUAAUGCUUGGGUUGAAAGCCAAACAAAUGAAAAAAUCAAGGACCCAUUUUCAGAAAACUCUCUGAGUAGCUCCACCAAGUUGGUGCUGAUAAACGCAAUUUAUUUGAAAGGAAAGUGGGAUAGGGAGUUUAAGAAAGAAAAUACCAAGGAGGAGGAAUUUUGGCUGAAUAAGAGUACAAGUAAAUCUGUACUGAUGAUGGCACAAUACAAUUCCUUCAGCUUUGUUUUUUUGGAGGACUUGCAGGCUAAAAUUGUGGGGAUCCCUUAUAAAAACAGUGACCUCAGCAUGUUUGUGCUUCUGCCCAAUGAUAUUGAUGGUCUGGAAAAGAUUAUAGAUAAACUAACUCCUGAGAAGUUAGUGGAGUGGACCAACCCCAGGCAAAUGGAAGCAAGGAAUGUGAGCCUGCACUUGCCCCGGCUUGAAGUGGAAGACAGUUAUGACCUGGAACGUGUCCUGGUGGCCAUGGGGUUGGAAGACAUUUUCAGCCAGUGUGAAGCAGACUACUUAGGAACAUGCCUGCAAUCCAGGUUGCAGGCCCAGAAGUUCCUGCACAGGUCAUUUCUGGAGGUGACUGAGGACGGCACGGAGGCCACUGCAGCCACUGGCAUGGCCUUCACUGUCUCAUUAGACUCAGGCUGUGAAUAUGUUCACUGUAAUCACCCUUUCUUGUUCUUCAUCAGACACAAUGAGUCCAACAACAUCCUCUUUUUUGGGAGAUUUUCUUCUCCUUAAAAUAAUCAAGGAGGCAGGCAUUGUGGCAAUGCUUGUAAUUCUAGUACUCUGGAAGGCUGAGGCAGAAAGAUCUCAAGUUGAAGCCCUGCCCGGGCAACAUAGUGACUUAGCAAGUCCUUAUCUCAAAAUAAAACUUUUUUAAAAAGGGCAGGGGAUGGCCAUGAGCUCAAUCCCCAAUACAGGGGGCAGACAGG